AAAUGCACCAUCAGUGACCCUCUUCCUAUCCUUUACAAGCAUCACCAGUCAGGAGACAUCAUCAUUGGUGCCAUUAUGUCUCAGAUCUAUGUCUUCUCUGCUCUGGUAACCUUCACAAACCGUCCCUCUCCUGACCUCUUUGAUGACAUCGUUCGCUUCAUGCCAAGUCCAACUUACCAUGCCUCCUUGGAAAUUUUCUCUACAAAAGGCAGAUUCACCCCUAAUUACAAUUGUGAUACCCAGAACAAUCUAAUGGCAGUCAUCGGCGGACCUAACCCUGAAGUCAUCCGCCACAUGGCUACUAUUUUGUCCAUCUUCAAAUGUCCGCAGCUGAUAUAUGGCUCUGCUCCAUUGGUCAAUGAAAAUCCCCAGGCUGCUUUCUAUCACCAGAUGUUCCCAAAUGUGGACCAUCAGUACAAAGGUAUUCUUCAACUCUUGCUGCAUUUUGGAUGGAUGUGGACUGGGGUGAUGACCAUGAAUAAUGACAAUGGAGAGAGGUUCAUCAAUGAGAUUCUCCCUAUAUUUGCCCAGGAAGGUAUUUGCUUGGAUUUUAUACAAAGGUGGACAGUAGUUACAUAUUCCAAUGACAUCACCGAAAUGGUGGCAGAGGGGAUCAAAAUUUACCACGUGAUCAUGAGCAGCACUGUUAAUGCAGUGAUAAUUCAUGGUGAAAUUGACACCAUGAUAAUUUUGAGAAUGUUUCCUGGUAUGUCAACUUACGAGGAUAUAUCAUGGGAAACCAAAGGUAAAAUCUGGAUCAUGACCAUUCAGAUGGACUUUACAUCACUUCCCUUUCAAAGAAGCUUGGAUUUAAACUUCCUCCAUGGUGCACUAUCCUUUUCAGUUCAUUCUGAGGAUGUGCCAGGAUUUCAUAAUUUUCUUCAGUCCAGAAAUCCUACCUUGAAAAAUUACGAUGGCUUUAUCCAGGUCUUCUGGGAAGAAGCAUUCCAAUGUUCGUUCCUCAGGUCCGUGAGAUACACCCAGUCUGAGUCAAUCUGCACUGGAGAGGAGAAGCUGGAGAGUCUUCCUGCCUCUGUUUUUGAAAUGAAAAUGACCAGUUUCAGUUACAGCAUCUACAAUGCAGUCUAUGCUUUGGCAUAUGCUUUGCAUGAAAUGUACUUAUCGCAGUUCAAAUCCCGAGGAAGUUUAGAUGAAGCAGGACCAAAUGUUCUGAAGAAACAGCCAUGGAAGCUCAACCACUUCGUGAGAAGGGUUUCAUUCAAUAACAGCGCUGGAACAAAAGUCUCCUUCAACCAACUUGGGGAGCUAGAAGCAGGAUUUGAUAUUAUCAACUGGGUCCCUUUCCCAAACCAAUCCUUUCUUAGAGUGAGAAUUGGAAGAAUAGACCCUAUGGCUUCCCAAGGAGAAAUGUUCACAAUUCGUGAAGAAGCUAUUGUGUGGCCAAGGAGAUUUAACCAGGCACAGCCCCUUUCUCAGUGUAAUGACCAUUGUCAUGCGGGUUACAGGAAGGCCACAAAAGAAGGAGAACCAUUUUGUUGUUACAAUUGCCUUCCAUGUCUAGAAGGGAAAAUUUCCAACCAGAAGGACAUCGAUGACUGCUUUCAUUGUCCAGAAGAUCAAUACCCAAACAAGGAGAAAAAUGACUGCCUUCCGAAAAAUGUAAGCUUCCUCUCUUUUGAAGAACCUUUGGGGAUCGGUUUGGCUAUCUCUGCUUUUCUUCUUUUUCUCAUCACAGUGUUGGUGCUUGGGAUAUUCACUAAGUACAAGGACACUCCAAUAGUCAAAGCCAACAACCGGAACCUUUCUUACACCCUCCUCGUCUCCCUGAUGCUCUCCUUCCUUUGUGUUCUGCUAUUCAUUGGACAGCCUGGAAAAGUGGCCUGUCUCCUUCAACAAACAGCUUUUGGACUCAUCUUCUCAGUGGCAAUUGCCUGUGUAUUAGCCAAAACCAUUAUGGUGGUUUGUGCUUUCAUGGCCACCAAACCAGGCUCCAGGGUGAGGAAAUGGAUGGGGAAGAAAUUGGUCACCUCCAUCGUCUUUUCUUCAACUUUGACUCAAGCCACUCUUUGCACUGUGUGGUUGGCCACCUCUCCUCCCUUCCCAGAUCUUGACAUUCACUCCGCAGCUGAAGAAAUUGUUGUAAAAUGUAAUGAUGGGUCUGCCAUCAUGUUCUACUGUAUCCUAGGCUUUUUAGGCUUUUUGUCCCUAAGCAGUUUCCUUGUGGCUUUCUUUGCAAGAAGGCUACCGGACAGUUUCAAUGAAGCCAAGCUGAUCACCUUUAGCAUGUUGGUGUUUUGCGGCGUUUGGUUAUCCUUUGUGCCCACCUAUCUGAGCACCAAGGGGAAAUACAUGGUGGCUGUGGAGAUCUUCUCCAUCCUGGCCUCCAGUGUUAGUUUGCUGGUUUGCAUCUUUUUCCCCAAAUGUUACAUCAUUUUGGAAAGGCCUGAUUUGAACAACAGGGGGCAGCUAGUAAGGAGAAAGUUUUAG